AUGGCGACGGCGACGGCGACGGCAACGAACGGCGGCGAGAUCUGGUCCGGUUCUGCUCUGGUUCUGGUCGUGUAUUACGUUGAACUGAAUCAGAUACGACAGUUGGUGGAAGACAUAUCAUGUCUGUCCCAAGAUCUUGACUUGAGGCUGAUGUUGAGUACCAAAAUGAUCUUGAAAAACGUAAAUCCUGAAGUGAAAAAUGCCAUAGAUGGAUUAGUGUCUUCAGCUAUUCUUGAUCCUGAUGUAAAAGGGGGUCUCAGAUGGCCAUUUGGGAUGGAGUCGAUUGAUGGGAGGUUCAGCAUAGUUGGAGUGUGGCAUACAAACUACAAAGCUUUUGGAAAUAAAACAUUAAAGUUAUAUCUAAGGCAUGCUGACCGGUUUGACCAUCAGAGCUCGACUGGAGAGGUUUCCAAUGAAGUUACCUUCAAACUAACUGGUAUAUCAAAGAGACUGCGGGAUGGCAGUAAAGAGGCGGACUCUGUGAAGGAGAUGCUAGAAUCUGCUGUGCGGAUGAUCUGGGACAGUGCUUUGUGUUACAAGAUGGCGCGCUGAGCUGGGUGGUCAGGUUUGCGGCAGGCCGACAAGUGCAUUGCAUCGUGUGGUUGCUUAACGAUGUUAAUGUUUGUUUGUAGCCCUGUUGUGUAAAUAAUUUUGCUUCACAAUGAAUUUACUGAAUAUGUGGUCCUCCUACC